UCCUUUGAGUGCUCCAGCACUUCCCAGUCACCUGUUUUGGUCCCCUGACACCAUCCACUUUUCAACAUGCCUGGUCUGACCCCCAGUGGCACUAUUGUGCCACUCUCAGGACACUCUCCCAGUAAAGCAGUACCUGCCCUGGUGGCAGGUUCCAUGGUCCAACAGAGGAAGAAUGCCAGCUGCAGGACGACCUCAGCAGGCACUAGGGGAAUGUGGCACUUCUACAUGGAAGAUUUUUCUGGCCUAAAAGUUGGCCCUGUUCCAGUACUGGUUAUGAGCCUCCUGUUCAUCAUUUCUGUAUUUAUGUUGUACAUUUGGGGCAAGUACACUUAUUCAUAGAUUUGGCUACAUCCAUCUGUCUGUCAUCC